CGUUCAGCUGUUUUGACAAACUGAUUGCACCAGGCUUAGCUCACAUUUUUGUUUUAAAUACGAGUCAAAAUGAAAUUCCAGUUAAAACAAGCUAACUCAGUUCAAUACUGGAGUAAGCAUGGUGUUGAAAAAGUGCAAGCACGGUGGUAACACUGGAAACACUUUAAGAAAUAGUUAUAAACGAGGAGUUACAUCUGUUGGAAAAGCUUCAUCAACUUCAUUUAUCACAAGGAAAACGGAUCAUGUUUCUGGUACCUUACUAAAUGAUGAGAAAAGACAGAAUAAAUUUUGGAUUGAUGAUGGAAUAUCAAUUAAUGCUUGGGCCACAGAUAAUGCUUCUCUUAAUUCCAAUUCUAAUGUAAGAUUUUCCAUGAACAAAAAGGGAAGAUGGCAUCUACCAGCCCAUCUUAAAGAAACCCUGCAGGAAGUACCAGAAGCAAAAGAAAAACUUAGUGUCAAGCGACCAAAAAAAAAAGCAAAAAAGUUGAAAGAAAUGUCAAAUCAAUUUUCGCAUGAAAAAAGUGGUGUUGUUUUAUUGGAAAAGCCUGGUGAUUGGAUGUUUGCAAACAAUUUAAGAAACAGUUGCAAAUAUGUUUUAGAUUCCAGUUCCAACGAACAUGCCAGAGAAUCCAAAAAAUGGAGAGCUAAUUUACCAACAUUACGUUGUGAAGAUAAAGCAGAAAUUGUUUAUACUAUUGAAUCAUCUGUCAAAACAAAGACGAAUACAUGGUGUUACCAUAAUGAUAAAAGAAAAACUUAUUCUGAACCGAAGAAUAAUAAACAUCACAGGGAAUCGAAAAAUUGUUGCAAACUAGUUGAUUAUGAAAAAAAUGGGGAAGUAUACGUCGAUAGUGAUAUAACAGACAGUGAAGACUAUUGUGAAGACGCAGUAAGAUCAAAUUUUAAAACUGGUGGUUACAGCUUAAAUAUGUUCGUUGUGGACAAGAAACAUGCAAAUAUUCCACACAACUUAAAUGCAAACAUAGACCAUCAGUUAGAAAGAGUCAAUCCAGCAUCCGGUCAAUUCACAAAGAAGCACGAUAAGGGAAGUUAUGAAAUAAUCGAAGUAACCAAUUGUAACAAUGAAUUUGUUAGUAUGGAUGCUGCAAUUGAAAUUAAUAAUGACAGGACUUUAUCUGAUAAAAAAAUGAAAAGGAAAUCGUCAAAGAAAAGUUUAGAGUUCUCAUUAAAAAUAGAUAGCAGCCAAAUAAAAUGUGAGAAUCUCAAAAGGCUUUUUGGGUGUCAGUACAGAGAAGGAGCCUCUUACCCACGAUCUUUUGCAAUUUUUAAAAGCACUACAGAUUUAGCAGAUGCUGCCAUUUUGUUUACAAUCGAAUCUGAGUAUGUGGAUGGCUUUUCCACAGUCAACAUUAAAACAUUUAAUAGCAAUAUUGAACAAUUUCCAGUAAGUGAGAAAAAUUUUGAUAUCUUAAAUUUGGUCAACUAUGCUUUUAAAGGCUUGAACUCUGUCACUAUGAAACAUAAUCAUUUGGAGAAAGAAUUUUCAUCAUCUAUGUUGCAAUGUUUUAAACCAAAAAUAGAUCUGGUUGAAUUUAACAACUUUUUUCCAGAUGUUUUUGACGACUUGAAUCAGCGUUUUGUUGACAAUAUUGAAUCACAGUCUAAAACAACCUGCCCAAUUUGCUUUUCUUCUGUUGUGAUCAUACAUUUAAAGAAGUGCAAUCAUUAUGCAUGUAAGAGCUGUUUGGAAAAAUACGUAAGCACCCAAAUGAACUCGGGAUAUUUCCAACUGUUAUGCCCUGAGUUUCAAUGCAGUAACAAAUUAGAUGUGGUUACCAUUUUGCAGCUUAUAAGUCCCCAGGAGUUUUCCAUGGUUAUAAAGAAAAAAAUGGAGGCUUACGUACUAAAGAAUGAGUCAAUGAAAUUUUGUCCGAACAGUCGUUGCAAAGUUGUGGCAGUAAAUCCUACUGAUGUAAGCUUAAGCAAUAAAGUUAUUGUUGAUAACCCUAUCGUGAGAUGCAAAUGUACUAAAAAUUGGUGCUUUAACUGCCAAAAUGUUGAUCACUGGCCGUCCUCAUGUGAAGCUUUUCAAAAUUAUCAAGAACAAAAACAAUCAGAUAUUGGUACGGUUUUGGAUCAAAAUGGAAAUUUAUUUCAAGUGGAAAUCGUUUACAAAAAAUGCCCUUUCUGUAGAAAUCCCAUCGUGAAAAAUGGAGGUUGUAAUUACAUGUCGUGCAUUUGUGGUAAAUCAUUUUGUUGGUAUUGUUUGAAAUCAUUUGCACAGCAUACAAGCUGUUCAAUGGCUGAUGACCAAAAGAUGACUUUCACCAGCUUGGACGAUAGCAAUACCAGCUCUAGAGUAGUUAAAUUUCAAAGGAAAGCUGUAAAGUAUGCUAUGCUGUCUACUGGUGUGAAUGUUUGGAAAACAAAACUGAAGGUAAACAAGGAAAUCCGAAAGUUAAAUCACGUACCAUCUUCAUCGUUGCUUGGCGUAACUAAUCAAGCAUUUGGUUUGUUGCAUGAUUGCUACAAGCUGAUGGAGAAUUUGACCGUAGCAUGCGCGAUGAGUAAGUCGAAACAUUUCAACCGACGUGCUAUGGAGUUUGUUGAAGGAUUAAUGUUUUAUACUGGUUUGUUGAAGGAUACGCUCUACCGUACAGCCAAAAUUUGCGAUAUCGUAAAGUACAUCAAACUUGUUGAAGAAUAUUUAAAUAAACUUCAAAAUUUUGGAUUAGCCAAAAAGGAAGAAUAAACAGUUUUUGAACUUAAUGUUAAUUAUUUAGACAUUUUUUAUAAACAUUAGGUUAAAUACCUAUCCGUAUCAAUUAUAAUUUACAAAAUUUAAGCCUCAAAAUAUGCCGAUUUGUACGAGUUUUAAUUAACAACAUGUUUUUGCACGUUUUUAUUUUUACGGAGUGAUCUAUUUUAGAUGAGUUCUUUAAGUGUUAUUUAGUGUGUAAAUAUUAGUCUUGAUAAGGUAUAUAUCGCUAUAUCUGAA